AAAAUGGUUUCCAAAAGAAGGCUGUCAAAAUCUGAGGAUAAAAAGACCCUUACAGAAGAAGACAUUUCAGAAGCCAGGAAGCAACCACUUUCCAAAAAGGCAAGGCAAUCUCAUGCUCCUAAUGAAGUUGAAGAAAAUGACAGUGUCUUUGUAAGACUUCUUAAGACAUCAGGACUCAUUCUUAAAACUGGACCAAAUCAGAAUCAACUAGCCGUGGAUCAAAUAGUUUUUCAAAAGAAGCUCAUUCAGACUCUGAGGAAACAUCCUUCUUAUCCCAAAGUAAUAGAAGAAUUUGUUAAUGGUCUGGAGUCUUACAUUGAGGACUGUGAUGGUUUCAAGAACUGCCUUUUGUCUUGUGAACGUCUACAGGAUGAGGAAGCCAGCAUGAAUACAUCUUUCUCUAAGAGCCUUAUCAAACUGCUUCUGGGGAUUGACAUGUUACAGCCUGCCAUUAUUAAAGUUUUAUUUGAAAAGAUACCAGAAUUUCUUUUUGAAAAGCAGAACAGUGAUGGAAUCAGCAUGUCUCGUCUCAUUUUCAGUCAGCUGAAAUGGCUUGAGAGAAUCGUGGAUGGCAAGGACCUCACCACCAAAAUCAUGCAGCUAAUCAGUAUUGCUCCAGUGUACCUACAACAUGACUUCAUCACCAGCCUUCCUGAGAUCCUAGGGGAUGCCCAGCAUGCUGAUGUAGGGAAAGAACUCAGCGACCUCUUGAUAGAAAAUACUGAACUUACUUCCCCAAUCCUGGAUGUCCUUUCCAGCCUCCAGCUUGAUUCAAACUUCCUGUCUAAGAUCCGGCAGUUGGUGAUGGGUAAGCUGUCAUCUGUCAGAUUGCAUGAUUUACCCAUGAUUAUCAAGUUCAUUCUUCAUUCUCUAACAGCCUCCAAUGCCCUUGAGGUACUUUCUGAGCUUCGGGAGAAUUUGGAUAUACAGCAUUUUAUUUUGCCUUCACGGUUUCAUGCUUCCCAAAUCAAGUCGAGAAGUAAAGGACGAGCAAGUUCUUCUGGAAAUCAAGAAAGCAACGAUAAAGACUGUAUUACUCUCCUCUUUGAUGUAAUAAAUUCGGCUGAAUAUGAGAAAACCAUUUCAGAAGCCUGGAUUAAGGCAAUUGAAAACAUUGCCGAAGAUGCUGAACACAAGACUUUUGAUGUGGCGAUGCUUCUCCUCAUCUAUAGCACCAACACUCAGACCAAAAAGUACAUUGAGAAGGUUCUAAGAAAUAAGGUCCGAUCAGGCUGCAUGGAAGAACAGCUGCUGGAGAGCACCUUCUAUAUUCAUCACUUGGUUCUUAAGGACAUUUGUCCAUCCAUUUUGUCGUUGGCUCAGAGUUUGUUUCACUCUCAAGACCAGAAUAUACUUUCAUUUAGCAGUCUCCUAUACAAAUAUGCUUUCAAGUUUUUUGACCCUUAUUGCCAGCAGGAAGUAGUUGGCACCCUGGUGACCCAUGUCUGUAGUGGGAAUGAAGCUGAAGUCGAUGCUGCGUUGGAUGUCUUCCUUGACUUGAUAGUACUAAGCCCAUCUGCGAUGAGGCCGAACGCCGUUUUUGUGAAGGGAAUUUUAGAUUAUAUGGAGAACAUGUCCCCUCAGCAAAUACGAAAAGUCUUCUAUAUUCUCAGUACACUGGCAUUUAGUAAACAGCAUGAAACUAACAGCCACAUUCAGGAUGACAUGCACCUGGUGAUACGAAAGCAGCUCUCUAGCACCAUAUUCAAGUACAAACUCAUUGGGAUUAUUGGUGCAGUUACCAUGGCUGGCAUCAUGGCUGGAGACAGAAAUAGAUCUUCUAAUUCAACCCAAGGAAGAGCUGACCUGAGCGAUGAACAGUGCACACAGGUGACCGCCUUGCUGCAAUUGGUUCAUUCCUGUAGUGAGCAGUCUCCUCGGGCCUCCGCACUUUAUUAUGAUGAAUUUGCCAACCUGAUUCAAGAAGGAAAACUGGCUCCCAAGACCUUGGAAUGGGCUGGUCAGACCAUCUUUAAUGAUUUCCAAGAUGCCUUUGUGGUGGACUUUUGUGUUGUUCCCAAAGGUGAUUUUCUGUUUCCUGUGAAAGCUCUGUAUGGACUGGAAGAUUAUAGUACACAUGAUGGGAUUGCAAUCAACCUCCUGCCACUGUUGUCUCAGGAAUUUGCAGACGAUGGGGGUCAAAUGACUUCACAGGAAUCACAGCAAAAAUUGGUGUCUCCAUUGUGUCUGGCUCCCUAUUUCCGGUUACUGAGACUUUGUGUGGCACGACAACAUAAUGGAAAUUUGGAAGAGAUUGAUGGUCUCUUAGACUGUCCUAUAUUCCUUACUGACCUGGAACCUGGAGAGCAGCUGGAGUCCAUGUCUGCUAAAGAGCGUUCAUUCAUGUGUUCACUCAUAUUUCUUACUCUCAACUGGUUUCGAGAGGUUGUGAAUGCCUUCUGCCGACAAACAUCACCUGAGAUGAAGGGGAAGGUGCUCACCCGGUUAAAGGACAUUGUAGAACUCCAGGAAAUCCUGAAAAAGUACUUGUCAGUCACCCCAGACUUUGUUCCUCCUCUUGCAAACUUUGAUUUGGAAACUUUAGAUGUGAUACCUCAUAGCAGUUCUGCCACGUCAAAAAACAGAAAAAAAGGAAAGAUUGGAGGAAGAAAACAAAAAGCAGAUGGCAGCAAAGCAUCCUCCCCUGACACACUUUCAAAGGAGGAUAACACAGAAUGUGACACUGUGCCAUCUGGUAGAAGCCAGCUAGACAAGGAGUUCCCAGGGAAGGAAGGAAAGACAACGGUGUCACUGUGGAAUUACCAUGCUUUUUUCCGAGAGCUGGACAUUGAUGUCUUCUCUAUUCUUCAUUGUGGACUUGUGACCAAGUUCAUCUUAGAUACUGAAAUGCACACUGAAGCUACAGAAGUUAUGCAACUUGGACCCCCUGAGCUGCUUUUCUUGCUGGAAGAUCUCUCCCAGAAGUUAGAGAAUAUGCUGACAACCUCUUUCCCCAAGAGAAUCCCCUUCCUCAAGAAUAAAGGAAGCCGGAAUAUUGGAUUUUCACAUCUCCAUCAGAAAUCCGCUCAAGAAAUUGUUCAUUGUGUUGUUCAACUGCUGGCUCCAAUGUGUAACCAUCUGGAGAACAUUCACAACUAUUUUCAGUCUUUAGUUGCUGAGAAUCAUGGUGUGGUUGACAGGCCAGAAGUGAAAGAUCAGGAGUACCACAUAAUGUCUUCCUGUUAUCAGAGGGUGCUGCAGAUUUUCCAUGGGCUUUUUGCUUGGAGUGGAUUUUUUCACCUUGGAAAUCAUAAUUUCCUAUAUCCAGCCCUUGAGGUCCUUGCCAGUCGAAUGAAGCAGAUAGAACACGAACAGCCCUUGGAGGAACUGGUCAGCCAGAGCUUCAAUUACUUGCAAAAUUUCCAUUACAAUAUUCCCAGUUUCCAGUGUGGUCUUUAUCUCCUCAGAAUUUUGAUGGCCCUUUUAGAGAAAUCUAUAGCUCCUACUCAGAAGAAAGAAAAAAUUGCUUCCCUGGCCAAACAAUUCCUCUGUCGGGUGUGGCCACAUGGGGAGAAAGAGAAGAGCACCAUCUUUAAUGACCAGCUCCAUGAUUUGCUUUGCAUUUACCUGGAACACACAGACAGCGUUCUAACGGCCAUAGAGGAGAUUGCCGGUGUUGGUGUCCCAGAACUGAUCAACUCUCCAAAAGAUGCAUCUUCCUCCACAUUCCCAACACUGACCAGGAACACCUUUGUCAUUUUCUUCCGAGUGAUGAUGGCUGAACUGGAGAGGACAGUGAAAGGUCUUCAGGCUGGCACAGCAGCAGACUCGCAGCAGGUUCAUGAAGAGAAGCUCCUGUACUGGAACAUGGCUGUUCGAGACUUUAGUAUCCUCAUUAACUUGAUGAAGGUAUUUGAUAGUCAUCCUGUUCUGCAUGUAUGUUUGAAGUAUGGACGUCUCUUUGUGGAAGCAUUUCUGAAGCAGUGUAUGCCGCUCCUAGACUUCAGUUUUAGAAAACACCGGGAAGAUGUUCUGAGUUUGCUAGAAACAUUCCAAUUGAGCACAAGGCUACUUCAUCACCUGUGUGGCCAUUCUAAGAUUCACCAGGAUACAAGGCUCACCAAACAUGUACCUUUACUCAAAAAGACACUAGAGCUACUAGUUUGCAGAGUCAAAGCUAUGCUUGUCCUUAACAACUGUAGAGAGGCUUUCUGGCUGGGUAAUCUCAAAAACCGGGACUUGCAGGGUGAAGAGAUUAUGUCACAGAAUUCCCAGGAGAGCACAGCAGAGGGGAGUGAGGAUGGCAGGACAUCCCAGGUCUCUAACAGCAAAGCAACAGAGGAUGAUGAAGAAAAUGAAGAAAGUGAUGGAAAAAAGGAGCAAGAUAGUGAGGAGAAUGAUGACAACUCUGAUUAGACCCCAUACUCACUCUUGCCCCCUUCAUCUCUAUUCAGGGUUUAAAAUCUGAUGUCUGCCUUUCUUAUUGGAAGCAUCCUGUUUUGUCCUUUAAGAGGGUGUUUUAUUUACUUAAGUUGUUGAAUGCCAGCACAGUUUGGGCUCAGGAUUCCAGUGUAGCAGCAUUUGCUGGUUUGGGUAGACAUGGCAGUGUACUACAGAUUAAAAGGAGUCAUGAUUCUUAGCUUUGGGAGCUAGUUUUGAAACUGUUUGUUCUAGAAUUUAGGUUUACAUAUGCUGUACAAAUAAAUUCUAAGUUUGGCCUUAUUUCUGUUUUUAGAUUUCUCUCAUUAUUCAGAAGUUAAGUUGAAUUGAACUGAGGUUUGUACAGAGACACACAUGUACUGGUGUCAACAUAGAUCUAUCACCUAAAGUCAUGUUCCCUAUU